CUCGCGACUCUCACUGCCAGUACCACCUUCGCUCCCUUUCUAUGCCGGAAGCAACGUUGACGACGCCAUAGCUAUUUUACAGCGUCCUCUCUUCAUUCUUGUUCGUUUAUCAUGGCUGGGGCCAUUUCAGCGACGCAGGUCCAAAAUGUCCUCGACAAACUUCGCGAUAGUCCCGUCGACAGCAACAACCUCGGCGACAACGUCCUGGGUCCGGUAUACAACUACCUCAUGGGCGUGUCUAAGGAUGGGGAAGAUAUCCAUUGGUUUUGUGGUCGGGCCACUACUACCACCAUCGCAGCUGCAACUUUCCUCAUCAGACUAUUCGCGUAUACCAGCCCCUUAGUGCUGACUUGGAAGGAAAGACUAUCUGUGUGCGUGAUGAGGUGUGCCGAUUGUGCUUGUGGACUGGAGCGGGCAAAAUAUUCUUCCAGGACUACGUAUCUCGCUGCGUUUACCGAGGAAACAAAAGAGGCUUUCUUCUCUAAAUUUGAGCAAUGGGAGCUCCAAUCUGUUUUGGACAAUUUGUCUGGUAUGGGGAUUACUGCAGGACCAGCUGCCACUCCGAAGUUGCUGUCCAAUGUACCCGUUGGCGUCGUUUAUCGCAUAGUUGCCAAUCUCGCUAUCUUCCAAGAUGAUGCUAUUCUCGAAAUCAUCGAUAAGCAUACCCCAGAGGAACCCUUGGCCGGCUGGCCAAAUGACCCUUUUCCUCCGGGCAUGUUUAUUCUGCUUAUGCAUCGGAAUUUACGUGUUCGUCAGUGGGCAAAAGCCCAAUUUGCCAGAUGUUCACAGAUUCCAUUGUCAAAAGAAUCUUUCAGUGGACCAUAUCAUCGUGUUUUGGACAUCCUCGCACACGUCUUCUCAGGCAAUACAGAUCUCGUUCCCGGGACAUUAUCCAAAGUCUCCAAAGCACUGCUCGAUACGCUUUCAUCUGAUAACUCAACUCGUUGGGAUGGAUUCAUUCACGCACUACGGUUGAUACCCCCCGAGGAACUGCUCUACGUGACCUCACAAAAUAUCGAUAUGCGCCGUCUUGUCGUUAGGCACUUGUCUGACCGAGGACCUGAAUUCGUAGUCAUUCUGCGUUGUUUCACCCUUGUUAUGAAGCGACUAGGCGUUAGGUUAUGGCUUGGCGAGGGUCCUGAAUAUCCACAAGUCAUAUUCGAUUCAGUCAAGGACAACGACAUAGGAAUGACUCGAUUGCUUGAAGAGUGUCCUAAAGAGAGGAACAUGUGGUUUCUUUCGUGGUUUGUGGAAUACCUUUCAUUGAUACAUGACACGGCCAUAUAUGCGCAAGUCGUUGCCAAAAUGGCCAACUAUGUAUGUGAAGAGCUCCAAGUAGAACGUUUUGGAGAUGCCCGUCCAUUAGUGAUGUCGUUAGCCGCCAAGUUUCUCAAGUCGCAGAAGAAGGACGAUCAUCACGUAGCGAUAACAAAUGUUCUGGGAAUACACGCUGAGACUUUGGUGUCCGUGGCCUUCUCCAGUUUGUACGCCGGGGUGGAAUGGAAGGGGGCCCGCACAGACACACAAGAUCUGAUUACAGUCAUCAUGAGUCAGGAUCUGUCCGGCAUAUUCAAUGCUGUGUCAAGUCUUGCUCAAGCCUUAGCCUCCAAAAAAGCGCGGUCAAACUUUGCGUCGCUGGAUCUCAGACAUUCCAUAUGGAAGAGAACAUUUGCUGCUUUGCAGAUCAAUUACGAUGAAGGAAUCGUAGUCAUUUUGCCCGUUAUGGCCCAAGUCGCCCAUUUGGAUCGCAUGAAUGAAGCUGCGUUUCGUAAAGUUGCGAGCAUCUCAAGAGGUUCGAAUCUUCUGUCAGAAGUAAACACAUUUCUGGCUGCCGUCAAAACAGAUUUUCUUGCUUCCAUUUCAAACUAUUCUGAUCGGAACUCCUCAUCGUCUGCUCUCGAAGUUCUUCAGCGACCGGGGAUCGUCAAGAGUGUUGUUAAGCUGAUGCUCUCUCCCGUAGAAGACCUGCAGUUAGCUGGACAGACCGUGGUGGGCCUGGCGUUUGAUGCUGAUGUACGUAUGGACUGUUUCCGCGCUCUGCUAGGAAAUCAUCCAGAUGCGACGUUGGAAGGAAUCCUUGAAUACCUGUCGACUUUCAGAGACCAUUCGUAUACCGUCCCCGAGACGUGCAGUCAGUCGAAGUCGCUCGUCCGUUGCUUGACCGAUAUCAUGGAGGUUUUGUGCGCAACUCCGAACGGGCUUCUCAACAAUGCCCGCUUCUUACGUUCCUCCGAUCCUCAGGGUCCCGCGUCACAGUUACCGUGGCUCUGGACCUCCAUGAACCAAACAUUAGCGCUCAUUUUUAAGCGUACACCUUUAUGGGCACGAUAUUAUGACAACGAAGAGAUGAUUGUCUGGAUGCGGGAUGCCCUCAUCUUUGGGCGCGAAAUGCUAGCAGAGCGCGGUGCAUUCGAAUCGGCGGCAAGCACCAUUAUUACACGGUUGCAGAGCAGUAUAACCAAACGGAUGUUGAACGACAUGCAGCAAAUUUUGACGGAACUGACGCGCUGGUUACGCCUCACGGAUGAAGAACUCUUGCAUCAAUCGUUUACUCUCAUUGAAUCUCUUUUUAUCUGCUUCAAGGAGAACAAAGUCGCUCCCCAGAAGGACGUCGUUGAUAGGUUGAAGCGGUAUCUGAAAGAGGCACGGGAAAGUAAUACACCGGAUAGUCCUCGCACUCGUCUGUCACCGAGUAAGCUCAGCAAGCUACAAGCUAUCCUCGUUUCUUUCGAGGAUGAAAAAGAGAAAGAGACAGAAAUUGUACCGGUUGUUCCUAAGCCGGAGCCUAUCCUUAUCUCCACUGACGACGACGACGACGAUGAUGACGACGUGGAGGUCGUAGAGAAAUGGGAACUCAAGAACAAAGGGAAAUCUGUCAAGGCCAUACGCAGUGAUGGCAAAAAUCUUGCCAAAGCAGCCCUUCCUUCGCGUUCAACUUCCACAAAGCCUUCCAAGCCUUUCAAGCCCCCAAAAUCAUCCUAUUUCAGCGAGAAAGACCAACUACUACUGGACCAAACUGUUGCCAUCCCAAAAUUCCGCAGACCGAGUGGUUCUACCUCACUGGCCGGCUCAUCGAAGCUCCCUCCCGCACGCCCCAGCGACGGUUCCACGAAUGGAGGCUCUUCUAGAGCCACCACUGUUUCUCGAAAUGACUCAGAGUCUAGCGAGGAAGAGAGCGAGGAAGAGUCUCAAGGCGCUAUUUUACGUUCUAUGGCUGACAAGAAGAAAGCUCUGAGCCAGCUGCCGAAGAUACGGAAAGUACCCGAACGCCGUCAAAUCAAAACCAUUGAUGUAGCAACUGGAAAGAACGCCAUGGAAGAACGGCUGAGACAGCAGCGCGAAGCAGAUGCACAGCGGCGAUUGUCCGCGAGGAUGAAUCCUGAUGUAUCAGGGCUUCAUCGUGCUCUUCUGUCGUGGGAUUACAGCCAUCAAGGACCUAUUCCUCCGGGCGAAAAUCUACGGCCGAUGCGUGUACCAGACAACUUCACCGAUUCUGCGCAUUACGGAAGAAUCUUUGAGCCUCUCCUGUUACACGAGUUGUGGGCCCAAAUCGAAGAUACCAAGCAGAAUGCUCUCGAGUUCUAUUCCUGUACCAUCAGUGCAAGAAGCCACAGUGACACCUGGGUCGAUAUUGAAGUUGCUGUCCAGGAAGGAGUUCAGAAGGACUGGUACUUAAUGGACAGUGACGUCAUUCUUCUCCAAAGCCGUGAAAGCAACAAAUCCAUCAUGGCCAAAGCGAGUGGCUCGAAGCAAAGCAGUUCUGGCCUCGCUUGUCGACUUCGUAUUGUGGCCGACGGAAACGAUCAUGGACUCCAAAUUAACACUAUCUGGAAGCUUGCCAAGUUGUUCAGCUUAAGCACCAUUCAUCGCGAAUAUUCUGCUCUCGUCACUCUUCCUUACUACGAUAAUGUUGACACUAUACUGUGGCCUCAGCUUGCCCCUCCGCCGUCAGUGGACCCUAAGGACAUCCAACGGACAAUGCAAAUGUAUCGAGUCAAUGAACCUCAAGCCGCUGCUAUUGAGAGCGCUUUGAAGACUAAAGGAUUUGUUCUGAUUCAAGGACCCCCGGGCACUGGGAAAACGUCCACGAUCUGCGGUCUUAUUGCUGCUUCUAUAUCUCGGCGACCACGACCAAUUACCCAUCCUGGAAAACCACCACCUCUCGUCCCAAAGAUCCUUUUAUGUGCCCCGUCUAACGCUGCCAUCGAUGAGAUUGUUUAUCGCCUCAAAGAGGGUUAUCGAGGAUCACAGAAAACCCCUAUGCCUAUCAAAGUCGUGCGUACGGGCGCCAUAAAUUCUAUAUCGCCGAUGGUGAAAGACGCAUCAUUGGAUGCUUUGGUAGACGAGAAGUUGGGUAACAAGGCACAGCCGCUGAAGGAUAUGGAAAACCAGCUAGCUGCACUUCAGACGGAGCUGGCAAACAUCAAAGCGCAGAAGACCCUCAAGCAAACAGAGUUGGACUCAGUGAGCGAUAAUGUGGCCAGAAAACAUAGCUUGGACGGAGAAAUCCGUGAAUUGAACAAUCGUCGAACGGCCAUAUCGCAGCGGUUGGACAGCGUCAAGGAUCAAGGACGUUCGGAUUCGAGGUUAAUGGAUACCAAUCGACGUAGAGCUACAGAUGAGGUCAUGGCUGAAGUUGAUGUCAUAUGUACCACCUUGAGCGGUGCAGGCCACAGGGACAUGGCACAGCAGAUGGAUUUUGAUAUGGUCAUCAUCGAUGAAGCUGCCCAAGCCAUAGAACUGAGCUCCUUGAUCCCGUUGAAGUAUCGGUGUACAAGAUGUGUGAUGGUAGGAGAUCCCCAGCAGCUACCACCCACCGUGCUGUCGACAGAAGCGACCAAGUACAUGUAUAACCAGUCUCUCUUUGUUCGUCUUCAGCGGUCGAGACCGGAAGCCGUUCAUCUUCUCAGCAUACAAUACCGGAUGCACCCUGAGAUAAGCCGUCUUCCCAGUCGCCUAUUCUACAAUGGCCGUCUUCUUGAUGGCCCAUCGAUGGACAAAAAUACCUUUCAACCAUGGCACAAAUCGUCAAAAUUCGGUGUGUACAAAUUCUUCAACGUCGCCAAUUCGAGAGAGGAGGGCGCUAGGGGAAAGACUUACAAGAAUGUUUCUGAGGCACGAGUUGUCCGUGCUUUGUACAAUCGGUUAAUAAAGCAGUUCAAGGAUAAGGAGGACCUUCGGGUGGGCAUCAUAACUCCUUACCGGGGCCAAGUCCUCGAGCUGCGUAGGCUAUUUGAAGAGGAGUUUGGGAGAGAGAUAUCGAACAAGGUAGCUUUCAACACGGUCGACGGCUUUCAGGGACAAGAGAAGGAUGUGAUCAUACUUUCGUGUGUGAGGGCCGGGCCGGGGGUAAUGAGCGUAGGUUUUUUGGCUGAUGUAAGACGAAUGAAUGUUGCGCUAACUCGAGCCAAAUCCAGUGUCUUCAUUGUGGGACAUGCGCCGACCCUCGAGAGGAGCGACGGGUUCUGGACGCAGAUUGUAAUCGAUGCUCGAGAUAGGAACUGUUUUAUUGAUGCUGAUGUAAAUUACUUUACUUCGCCGGACACCGAACAACAGCAAAGCACCCUGGUCCAGAAGAAGUCUUCUUCGAAAGCCCUAGCCGCUUUAGCACCAGCGAUCCCAUCGAACUUGGUGACUCCUCAGCAACUCAAGGCUGCUGUAGACCGGUCGUCAACAUUCAAAAGCUCUAGUCAGGUUGCGGGAAGUGAAACUGAACUAUCCAAAGGUAUUAAGCGGAAAGUAUCUAGCACUGAAAUGCCGCCUCCAACCCAACCGCAACCACUGCACCAGUCACGAUCAUCUCCUUAUGAUGAAGGGCCUCCGAAACCUCCACCUCACAACAAGAAGAAGAAGAAGAAAGAGACCUCAAUAUUCAUUCCAAAGAAGCGGCGUGGGGACGAUAAUCACGGGGCAGGACCAUCGGCAAAUAGACCGAGGUUGAAUUAGAUUCUCUUCAUUUGCACUGCAUCAUCUGGUUUCACUUCCCAUUAUCAUUGGACACGCGCACAUAAUUUAUUGGCUUUUGUUAUAGCUGUCGACAUUUCGUCUAAUUUCAUCUAUUGCAUAGUUAAUACCCUUCCUAGUACAUCUAAGUACGCCUGUAUUCAUUCUUCAGCACCUCCGAUGCCCUGGUUAAUCUUCGAACACGAAAAGUGAGGCCAAUUUUUAACUCUAAAAACACCAGCGGAGCCAUUG